AUGUCAAUUGAUCCAUCAAUUUUCAAUACAUUUAAAGAUCUGUACACAAUCUUAUCUAUAUUGGAUCCUAGGUUCGAACAUGUACGAAAAGACCCACGAUUUGGUCGUCCACAAAAAAAGGAUACAAAAAUUAAAUUAGAUAGUAGAUUUGCACAAAUGCUGAAGAAUGAAGAUUUCACCGAAACGCAUGAUAACGAGAUAGAAAUUUAUCCUGAGGAAGAAAUUCCACAUGGUGAAGAAACUCAUCGAUUCGCAGUCUUAAAUCUCGAUUGGGAUAAUGUAAAUGCUGUAGAUUUAAUGAAAUUAUUUUGUGGUUUCAAACUGGAAGGAUCAAUAAUAAAAUCUGUUAGAAUUUAUCCAUCUCAAUUUGGAAAAGAGAGAUUAGAAAAGUUUGAUCAAGACUUAUUGAGAAAAUAUCAAUUGGAACGAUUAAGAUAUUAUUAUGCAGUAGUAGAUUGUGACACUGUGGAAAACGCGCGACAAAUUUAUAAUCAAUGUGAUGGAGCAGAAUUUGAAUGUAGUGCGAAUUUUCUUGAUCUACGCUUUAUUCCAGAUGACACAGAGUUUGAUAAUGAAGAAAUAAGGGAUGAAUGUCAACAUGAACCGGAAGUAUAUAAACCUGUGAAUUACGUUACAGAUGCAUUAAACCAUUCAAAUGUUAAAUUAACGUGGGAUAACGAUGAUCCCUACCGUGUAAAACUUACGAAACAAAGUUUUAAAAAAAAAGAUCUUGAUGUUAUGGAUUUCAAAGCGUACCUUGCUUCAUCCAGUGACGAAGAUUCAGGAAGUGAUAUAGAAGUUUCGCGUCAAAAAUAUAAAGAUCUUUUAAAUAAAGUAGAAUCUAAUGAUCAAUCGGAUUCAAUUAAGAAUGAAACUACCAUCGAAUCAUAUAUGCGUAAACAACGUGAAAAAAAGAAAGUGAAAGAAUCCAAUAAGACCAAUAAGAUCACUUCACGGAAAGAAGAAGAAAGACAAAGAGCGGAAUUGGAACUUCUUGUUAAUGACCCUCGUUUUGCAGCGUUACAUAAGUCACAUCAUUUUGCGAUCGACCCUUCCAAUCCUCAUUUUAAGAAAACAGAAGCUAUGACAAAAUUAUUGGAAGAAAGUCAACGACGGCAAUCUGAAACGAAUAAAAAGAAAGAGAAAAAUAUAGUUAAUAUUCAAGAGGAAUAUAAUAAUUUUGAAAGUCCAUUCAAAGACCCUUCAUUAUCAUCAUUGGUGAAUUCGGUAUGGGAUUUUUUAAUGAAUAUUAAUGAUUUAUGA